AUGGAAAUCGCCCCGUUAGCCGCGCGAGGCCUCUACCCCCAGGUACCUCCAGAAUAUGAAUCGCGCCAGGAGAUCAAUCCGACCCUGAUGAUGAGCUGGUGGGCCACGGGCUUCUCACUAGCUAUCAUCGUCGUACGCCUAUGCGGUCGCUAUGUGCGCAUCGAGCGCUUCUUCCCCGAGGACAAGAUCAUGAUGCUCAGUGUCAUCCCACUGACCAUCCGCAUGGUGCUGGUUCACUUUGUGCUAGCUUAUGGCACCAAUAAUGUCCAAACCGCCGGGUUGACAAGUUACGAGAUCGAGAAACGGGCGAUUGGUAGCAAGCUGGUCCUGGCAUCCCGGAUCUUCUACGCCAUAUUUAUCUGGACGGCCAAACUGACCGUCUGUGAAUUCCUCAAGCGAGUUACGGGUGUGGUCUGGCGCCGCUCCGUCGCCAUUUUCUUACGCUUCAUCCAUUUCUUCUUGAUCUCGACCCUGGUAGCUGUGGUCAUCGCGACGCUGGCGGAGUGCCAGCCCUUCGAUCACUACUGGCAGGUCAUCCCAGACCCUGGACCUAGAUGUCGAAGCGGUUAUGCACAGCUCAUUACAAUGGGAACUUGCGACGUCAUUACAGAUCUCCUACUCAUUGCUUUCCCGGUACCAAUUAUACUCUUGGCCCAGAUGCCCUUAAAGCGCAAGUUAGCACUCGUCUUUCUGUUUUGUCUGUCACUGGUCCUGGUCGGCAUCACUUGUUAUCGUGUACCAUCAGUGAUCGAGCGACGUGGUAACCAACCUUACCGAUCUCUCAUUGCCUCUUUAGAGAUUCUCGCGGCAACGGCUGUUUCCAAUGCCGUCGUCAUCGGCUCCUUUGUCCGUGACCGGGGGUCAAAAAGCUCAAUAAUGAAGCAUCAAUGGGGCAGUGACUCCGACCUCGCCGCAGAUAUGGGCAUCCGACUGGACCCCAAGCUUCACUCCUCUACGCCUGGAGCUGGCAUACCGAUACCUGCUCCUCCUGUGCCCCUUCUUGUUGCACAGACCGGUGCCCUGGACCGAAACUGGACCUUUCACCAAGGCCGGCCUUCGGAAGACGACCGCAUAUCUGCAGCAGAUAGUCUUGACAUCAAAGUCAGUCCACGCGAGUAUAUCCCAACGAAUAAGUCCCCUCGUGAUCAGCAGUCUUCCUCUCCAUCGCCUCUCUCCUCCGACGCUGUCCCCUUUUUCGAUGUGGGUGGCUUGCUCGAUCAAGAGCAGCCUCAAUCUAAUGACCUACACACCCGUCCUCAUCCUGUCGUUGUAACGCCCUCAUCCGACGACUCUCCCGAAAUCCACCGGCCUCGCCGCGGGAGCAGAGCAUUCCUCGAAGAUAUUGGUGUUCUUGCUCCUCGCUCUCCGCCAGGACGUUUCUCGUCACCACCUGCGCCCAUCAGCGAGACAGCUGCCCAGCUAUCUCAUACCCUUCCACCCUACCGAGCUUCUCCGGAUACCUCAAUUGACGUAGACAUAGAACUUCAGGAUGUCGGUGGGCUUUUAUCAAGGCGCAAUCCUGACGCCUAG